AUGACUUCCAAAUUUCUCUUCUUAAUUGUAUUUCCUAUUCUUACGUUGGCUAAAUUUCAGUUGCAAAUUGAACAAGAUGGACAAGACGGAUCUUUUGUUAGAUUCCUCAAAUAUGAUGAUAAUGUGAGGGUGGUGUAUGAUGCUGAACACCCGGCGGGAUGUGAGUGUGAAGAAGAAGUUCCUUUUUUCACUUUUGAUGGUAAACUUUGGGACACUUCAGCAAAUUUGCCGUUGGCAAUUUCGGGUGACCUUGCCUACCAUAACCUGGUUUUGUACACCAAUGCAUCUACAACAGGUUUCGGUGGAUUCACCAUUUGUGAAGGUUACGUGCAACAUGAUGGGAAUGAUACAUUUUACACAUCCAAUUCAUACCCGUACAACAAGUAUAUUAACUUCAUCACUACCAACGCAACCCAAUUCUUGGCUGAGCCGGUUAAGUUGAAGAUAGUUAACCAAACAUAG